AACCUUUCAACCCCUGGAAGGAAUUAUCUGGGCUCUGACCUUCUUCGAACUCUUGAAUAUUGGAGUUUCUGUAAGACACAUUAAAUAUUUCAUUAAAUUUUCAAGCGGAUAAUAAUAAUUUCAGUAUUUUCAAAAUUAAUUCACACGUGAACACCAAUGAAGAUUAAGAAAACCAAAACAUGUGUCGCACCAGUGUUACGUUUAUAAUUUUUCGUAUAUACAAUAUUUGCAUGCUUGCAAUUAAAACAUAAUUUGAAGAAAUAAUGUUUUGAUUAAAUCAAUUAUAUUUGAAUCCUUUUAUUACACUUAUAUUCAUUUGAUUUUGUGUAAAACGGAUUUACAUUUAAAAGCAGUGAUUUAUUUAUUUGUGUCUGCUUUGUCCCAAAACUGAUGACAGGAUGGUGAAGAAAUAAUCAAGUGUGGAGUCUAUGUAUAGUUUGUAUGACCGUGUCUGUGUAUGAUUGUGUCUAUGCAUAAUUAUAAUUUUAUAUGUCUAUGCAUGAUUUUAUCUGUGCCUGAUUGAGCAUGUGUAUGAUUGUGUCUGCGUAUGAUUGUGGAUAUUGUUUUUUUUAAAGCGUUACGCCAUGAAAUUUUAACACCAAGUUAAAGGAUCAAGAAAAUUUAAAUAAUCAUUAAGUUGAAAUUUACAGUAGUUCUGCUAAUGUAUUCUUUGUGUGCUUUAAUGAAACUGCAAGUCAAUGCCCAUUUGGUUAUUGUUUUGUCAUUUCGUCACUCCUGUCAAGGUGUGAGAAUCACUGCGCUUACGGUGACCUUUUUGAGAUCCAUAAGUCAGAGUCUAAAUGUUAUUGGUUGAAAAGGAACAUGUGACUGGUUGUAGGGGAACACAUGCCUGUUCAAAAAGGGAACACGUGACUGGUCGAAGGGAACAUUUGAGUGAGGAUGUAUUAAGUAACAAUCAGUUCACGUAUUACUACUUAGUAGCUAAGAGUUCUCAGUGAUCGUCAGUUCCCAGCAGCUCAUGUGUUGCCGAGUUUGUUUAGAUUGACCAUGUUCACUGGUUUAGAUUAGAGUUACCAUCGUGAAGUUAUGCAGGAGCGUCAACCGUCGUUUGUUUAACGUUUAAGUUCAGGAUUUCUCAUUGUCAGAGAUAUAACUUGGUGUUUCGAACACGAGGUAAAAGGGAGAUCUGUAUGCAAUGGUCAAGUUGCUGACGUUAUCUUGUGGGAGAAAGUGCUGUUUGAGAACUUAGACAAUGAAAGCCAGAACCGCCCAACUGCAGGUUGGAGUGAGCUCGUUAGUUGUAUUGAAGGGAUCUGUGCGGAUGGCAGAGAAGAGCCACAACAAGAACCUCGAUCACUCAAAAUAGAUGGUGUCUAAGCAAAUACAUUGACUGAAUGCUGUCAAAAUAGAUGGUGUCUAAGCAAAUGCAUUGACUGAAUGCUGUCAAAAUAGAUGGUGUCUAAGCAAAUACAUUGACUGAAUGCUGUUAAAAUUAGAUUGUGUAUAAGCAAAUACAUUGACUGAAUGCUUUCAAAAUUAGAUUGUGUCUAAGCAAACCCUUAGAAGAAAUGCUGUCAAAAUACAUGGUGUCUAAGGCAAUACUAAGGCUGAAUGCUAUCCUUCUUACAUAAAUAUAGAUUGCAUCCAAUUUUUUUUUCUGAUCAGCUCAUAUUCCGAAUUGCACGACCGAACUCUAAAUGUAAUAAAUUCAUUUUCGUCACUUGCUGAAAUGUUUUAUUUACAAAUUAAAUGCAUUUUUAGGCUGUUUCUAAUUUAAUCUGUAUAUUUAUUGUGCUACAUGCUUUUAAGGGAGACUUAGCUGGACUGCUUGUAUUUCGUAGAAGAAACUCUCUACGCUUGUACACAUCCACAACUUUUAUAGUCGCCUGGACAUUACGAUACCUGGCCUACUCCAGCCAGGAAAACGAGUAUCUGAUGAGCUGGGCCAGGAUGGCGUUUGGUUUGAACUACAUCGGCUUCUCCGUUCGUUUCCUCCACGGCUACUACGCCAAUAAAAAUUUGGGACCAAUGAUAGUCAUGUUCAAAAACAUUGUACGUAUUUUCAUCUUUAAAUAAUUUUAUAAAAAUUGUUCAGUGUCAUACCUGGUACCAGAAAUGAACUUUUUUUGGGGUAUGUGGUGGGGUGGGGGGGGGGUUUAUCUUAAAAAAAAAAUUUCAAAAACAUUGUACGUAUUUUCAUCUUUAAAUAAUUUUAUAAAAAUUGUUCAGUGUCAUACCUGGUACCAGAAAUGAACUUUUUUUGGGGUAUGUGGUGGGGUGGGGGGGGGGGGUUAUCCUACAAAAAAAAAGGAAAUCAUGUGAAACUGCACAAACAUAUCGGUUUUACUUGCACUUAAUCGAUCAGAAUAUAUGUUAUGCUAAAAUGUGGGUAUUAGGUAAUACAUAAUACACUUUUGAUAUUGAAUUCUAAAAUCUAUAGACAUUUUUUUAUUUCUUAUGUUCAAACUCUCUUUCUCUUCUGGUUAAUCUUCUUCUCUUUUUCUCUAUUUAUCUCUCAAACACAUACACACACACAGAAACAUACACACACACAGAAACACCCACACACACACACAUACACUGCAUCUAUUACGAUUUCUAUCUGUUACUGGAUAUCACUAUUUUGUCUCGUUCAUUCCACCCCCCCCCCCUUUUUUUUUCUCCCCUCUCUCUCUCUCUCUCUCCUAAACACUCUCUCUAUCUUUCUUCUGUUGUUUUCCUUGCCACGAUUAAAUGUGUUUAGCGCCGCUUGUAUUUUCAAUUUACUUCAACAUACGUAAUGCCUAGUUCAUAGGUCACCAGGGCUGUUCAUAUGUCACCAGGGCUGUUCAUAGGUCACCAGGGCUGUUCAUAGGUCAUCAGGGCUGUUCAUAGGUCACCAGGGCUGGUCAUAAGGUCACCAGGGCUCAGGGCACUUCUAAUUGAAACAAAUUAUUAUUAUUUUUCCCCAGGGAUAUUUUCUGCUUCAGUUUUACGGUGUCAUCCUGAUAUUCUUCAUCUCCUACGGCGUGGCCUCCCAAUCAGUCUACUUCCACGGGUCCAGGUAUGAUCCGUUGUUGAUAUUUUACCAGUCCUUCUGGACCAUGUUGGGACAGUACCCUCUCCUGGACGAGAUUGGAUUUAAAGGUAGGCUUUAAUUAUUUUUUUUAAUGAAACCGUUAAUCAGGUUUUAGUGUAUUAUAAGGUUGUUUCCGAGGAUAUCAUUAGCGACAAGAAUAAUGUAUUAUUUUGCCCUUACUAUUGAUCAUGCAAAAAUGAGGUUUAUUUAGUCAGUAAAUUAUAUGUUUAGUACUGAGUUGGUGGCAAGCUUACAUGGUAAACACAGAGAAAUCAUGCUGUAAGACAAUUGUCACGGCUUCGAGAUAUAACGGAAUCUCAAAAGCUGAACUUAUUAUAAUUUUUUUUAAAAAUUUUAAUGCGACAAGAGUGAAACAAAUUUUACGUUUAAAAAAUACUUCAUAUUUAUUUUCCAUAUGUUUUUUUACAACUUUUAAACCAUGUUUUUGUUCCAAAUAAAGGUGCUGAAGAAAGUUAUGAGUGCACAAGUGAUGAUUGCCUUACAAGGGCCGAGAGAUAUUUCCUGGCCAUCAUCCUAGGAAUUUAUGCCGUCAUCAUAAACAUUUUGUUGUUUAAUCUUCUCAUUGCCAAGUUCAGGUAAGCCUCGAGUUAUUUGUGCUGUGUUGCUAUAAUUUAUUUUAAAUGAAAUCAGGUUAUAAACUAAGACAUUCUUUUUAUAGCCUUUACAUCAGCAAAUCGUUUUAUUACAUUUUCUAUAUUUAUAUUCGUUUCCAUAUCACUUUCUAUUAACAUAAUAGCCAAAGACCUCAUUCUGUCUUGAGACAUGGAUGAUCGUAAAUAUGUUCAUAUCAGCUUUAGUUUUUAUACAGCUUCUCUCGCCAGCGGUUACAGUAACAGGUCUCUUGCCAGCGGCUACAGUAACAAUUAUUGUAAGCAUUGUCCUUAAUGCACCCCACACAUGGGGCAUGAAAUCCUAAAACUUAUUAGUGUUUAUGAAUUGAGCGGCUUCUAUUGGAAGCUUCAUAUCAUAAGGAAAUAUUUCUUUGGCCUUAGCUUGUUCAGUCAACAGAUGACAUCCAUUUACAUCGCUAUUUUCUUGAUACAUUUACUUAUAUUCCAAAAAAAUAAAUAAAUUGAUAUGCUACGUAGAGCUUAUUUUUGUCUGCUAGAUUUCUAAGACAUUUAAAAAUCCCCAUGUGUUAUUGGAAAUUUGCAACUGUUCAAAUUUCUCUGAUAAAGAAUUUAGAGCUCUGUCCCGUAUUGCGUGAUUUUUAUUAUUUUUUUUCCGUUUCAUCAUCUUAUUCUUCUAUAUAUUUAGGGCACGCGAUAAAUUUAUUUAUCAUUCUGGCUCCUAUGUAUGUAGAGGGGAUUUGCAUUGUUUCAGUGCCUGGUAUUGAAAAGGAUACUUCACUGGUUGCAGGGUAGGCCUAUCAUGAACUGGGUCUGGAAGGCCUGAGGCCUUCGAUAGUGCAAUCAAAUUCAAACAUUCAUCUUCUCCUUCUUCAUCUAAUUCUAUUUUUUCAAAACAUUGGCUCACCAUCUAAUUCUACCUCUUAAAGUGCCAUUAGUUAAACAAAGGAAAUUCGAAAAAAUACAAACAUAUAUUUUUCUAUAAACAUUCCAUCGGCGUUUUAAUAUAUAUGUAUGUAAAGAAGAGUUAACUCUAAUGAUUCAACAAAGGGGGCUCAAUCAGUCAAAUAAACUCAAGGGACCCGUAAAGCGUAAAUUAUAAUUUUUUUAAAAUCUAAAAUAAAAAAAAAAAAGUAUAUCAUUAUAAAUAACAUAAAAGAAAAAAAAACAUGUAAAAAGAUAUUUUUUGCGUGUAAUUGGUCAUUUUAAUAAAAUAGACAUGCAAACAACAAACAGGAUUAUUUUACUCGUCAUUCAGCAAUCUCAAAAAAUUGUACGAUUUUUAUUUAUAUAUACAAUGUGAAUAAAUAACAAAAUUACAGCAAAGAGAGGUAAUCAAAAUUACUUACAGAUAUGAUUAUAUUACAAAAAUCACGAUUAUCAUCAUUUUAAGAUAAUAUAUUGUUUAUAAUUUAAUUAUUAAGCUAAACUUUGAAAAAAGAGGCAUCGCACCGAGUUUAUUGGCCCUAGGGAGAUGAAUAUGCACUAUUCUGUACAAUACAAAAUUCGAUUGCAAAUUCCGGUGAGCUGCAAAUUCGUAGUCACCUUCUCCUCAGCGACGGGUCUACAAAUACGUUUCACCACCACGUUAAAACGAUCAAGAGUCCCAAAAAGAGAACUACCGAUAGCAAAAUGUUGACAAAUCUACCACCGUCACCGAAUCAAAGUCGCUGUCACGAGAAACGGGCACCGUGACGAAGAAAGAAGAACUCGAGGUCCCCUAGAAAGCGGCUUGCUGUGACCCGAUACUACUUUUGCCACCACGUCCUGUGCACGGACGUUCGAUUUUAUGGUGCAUGGCAUACAAAAGCAUUUGACGUUAAAACUUAUUUUUCUCUUUCUAUGGCGCCCACAAGCAAUGCUUUUCUCAGUUUGGGAAGAUCUUUGGUGGCCCCCAAGCACAUGGCGCCCUGGCCAACUGCCCGAGUUGCCGGUACAAUGAGCUGGCACUGGUGGAGAGAUUUGUGGGUGGUUACGAUGGGAUUGGGUUGAUUGAUGGGUGUGUGGGGGGGGGCGAUUGGUGGCUGUGUCUGUGAGGCAAUUGUUGGCUGUGCGUGUGGGGUAAUUGGUGGUUGUGGGAGGGAUGUUGAGAGGUGAAUUUUGUAAAAAUUCAGACCUAAUAUGUCAAUAACUAUCCUCAAGUCUAUAUGGCUUCAGAAAAAAUACAAAAGCUUCUCAUAUGUCGGACUUACUGAAAAGUCUGACAAUGCUUCUAAUACAGCUGAAUUUCUGGAUAGUCUCCCAAUACAUAAAACAUAUCUGACUUUCUGGAUAGUCUUCCAUUACAUCGAUGAAAUAGAAAAACGAGGUAUGUGGAAGCUUGAAUAAGAAAACAAGACAAAAAGCAAGGACGUUUCGCCAUAGAGCCUUCUUCAGCUAACAGUAGAAAUGAAAAUAUAACAAAGAAUAGAGCACAGUAGACAACUGAAGAAGUAUCCAUUCGUGUCGCCAGAAGUGGUAAUAUAUCUGACUUUAUGGAGUGUCUCCCAGUACAUGAGUGUUACGUAAAGUGAGUAUGGCCUAUUUACUUAUGUUCUUACACCAGUGUGAUCUAAAUCUUGACACCUCUUGUGAGUGACCUCAUUUAAAUUUCCCAAACCACCCAAGCCAAUGAUUGUGUUCCCCAGUGCCAUCAUUAACAUCGACCAGAAGAAGUGGAGACAAACAUGGUACAUACAGAGUCUUGAGAUGACGAUCAUGUACAGCCGACGCAAGGUGUGGCCUCCCCUUAUUGUCUUGUUCCAACCCAUUUGGCUUAUCUGGGCCCUUCACAAGAGCAGGACGUGCUGUAGUAAGGACAAGAGUCCGUUCAGUGAGUGAUAGCUUUGAAACAAUAUUAUGAAUUUUAGGAGAAACACAACGAUCCCAUCUAAUAUCUCAGUCAAAAGGGUAAUCCAGUUAUUAAAAAAAAUAUUGAGAUAUGAUAACAUUAUAAUAUUGUAAGAAUAAUUUUUAAAAAGUAAAUAAAAUAAUUGAAUUAAUUAUGAUAAUUUAGUUUAAAGAUUGGAUUCGUAUAAGAAUACAACGAAGUUAAAAUGAAGUUCAAGUCAAUGCAGAUGAAGCUGAGAAUGAUGAACAGAGUUAUUGUUGCACAUCUGCCUUAUGGCCACCAUCGGUUAAAUAAAAUAACGGCCAUUAACCUUUACAUUAAAACAUUAACAAACAUAUCAGGUUAAAAUUACCUUUUUGAAAGAAACAGCUACCCAAGACAAGCAGUGACGACUUAAAUUUAUUUUCAGAGCGUAGGGCUUAGAGCAUUGUCUUCUCCAACAAAAUAUUUUUCUAGAGUUUUGUGUGCCUGUGUUUAGCAUCAACGCUUAUAAUCAUAGUGAUUAAUGAAACAGUUUUUAAGAAUCUUAAAGAUAUGUCUUUUUGAAAUCAUAAAUGUAAUUAAUUUAUACUUUUUUUAAUAGAUUCUUAAAGGCGUGUCUUUUUUUAAUAAUACAUUUAAUUAACUUAUAAUCUUUAUUGUUUCUUAUUGAAACGUCUUUUUAAAAUAAAUCAUCUAUUUAAUUAAUUUAUACUUUUAUAUAGAUUAUUUUUGAAAUGUCUUUUUGAAAUCAUACAUUUACUGAAUGUUUACUUUUGGUAGAUUCUUAAUGAAAUGUUUUUUUUUUUUAAAUAAGCUAAUAUAUAGAAGUUAGUCAUUUUAUUGUAUUAAUACGUUUUUUGAAACAAAACUCUACAGUUGUCAAAAACUCAGAUUCAAUGUUCGAAAGUGAUGUCAUGAAUAUGUACAUCGACCAGGUUGAGCGGUCAGAAGAGUAAGAUCCAAAGUUUGUUUGAGAAAAAUAAUUUAUCGUGAAAUUAUUUGUUUUGGAGAUAAAUGUGUGUAUGAAGUAAGAAUGUGACAAGGGUGAAAACAAUGGAAAGUUCAUAAAUGGAAAGUUCAUAAUGGAAAGUUAAGAAUGGAAAGUUCAGAAUGGAAAAUUCAGAAUGGAGAGUUCAGAAUGGAAAGUUCAUAAUGGAAAGUUCAGAAUGGAAAAUUGAGAAUGGAGAGUUCCGAAUGGAAAGUUCAGAAUGGAAAGUUUAUAUUUUUUUAAAUUUGUUCUAUGAAAGAAGUUAAGAAUACUUCACUUGACAUUGACGUCAAUAUUCAAUGAUUAAAAAACAAAUACGAUAGAUUGAUAGUGUAUAAACAUUGCAUUAAUAUUUUUAGAGUCUUCUAGGCGCGAUUAUAAUUGCUAUUAUUAUCAGGAAAUAAUAAAAAUAAAUCAAAGCAGCCAGAAUAAUAUGUUCGACUUUUCUAUUAUUUUAGUAUGAUUGUGUGUUUCCUUUCAGAGUUAUGGAAAAAAAUCCUUUAUCAAAAUGGUUUGCUGACGAUAUGGGUAAGAAAAUGUUUGAUAAUAUUCCAGAGAUAUUGUCAAGACAAAAAAUACUGAUAUUUUCAGACGCUUUCCGUGUAAACUGACCUUUGAUAUGUAAAAAUAAUAAUGGAAAAAAAAAGUAUACAUUUUAUGUCUAACAGAACCUUAAAGAAGAUAGCAAGUCGAUACUGUUUUUGACGUAGUAGUUAUCCAUAUUUAAUGAUUAUCUGUAAAAUCAAAACGCAUCUUUCAGUAUGCUUGUGACAUAUCACGGAGAAAUAAGUUAAAAAGUGCUAAAUUCAAAACUAACAAUGAUGAAAUGAAUUCUGUUCAGUACUUUAAUGAAAUGUUCUGUUAGUUUGGACGCGUUGUACUCAAGGAAUCAAUAUUGUUGACUAUGUUCAAACCCUACAGAAACCGAGGCGUUAAUGGAGAACGUGGAGAUGAGAUUACACGAUGCAAUCUCAAAAAGCCAGAGCCCUCAGCCAGAGAUUAAAAAGGUUGAUGAGCAGCCAAACCCUCUGGAAGAUAACGAUUCUACUGGUCAGUAUGCGCUGUCAUUCAUUAAAAACGUCAAAGCUCAAAUUGACAUGGUUUUGAAAUGUUAAAAUGAAAGCACCCCCCCUCCCCACGCCCCCUACUCAAAUGUCAAGAACAAAGACCCCCCAACUCGAUCCACUCUAGAAAUAGAUGAUAAAUUAUAAAAAAAAAAUGUCUCUUGUUAAAUUCAGGCUUUCUAUUUUCUGAAAAUUAAUUUAUGCAAAGUUCAUGGGGUCAUAUCAAUCUAAAAUGUGACUGUAAGAAAUGAUUGUGUUUCACUAAGUCAUCUUUUAUGAAUAAAAUAUCAUGCAACUGUAAAUAAGUUAUUAAAACAUUAUUAAAAUAGAGUGUUGAUGAUUACAAAUACUCUUGUACACAUUGAUCAAAUGUGAGAUAAUGAAAGCUUCUACCUACCGUAUUACAUCACAUAAAUGUAUCUGAUUCUUGCUUUUUUUUGAGUUUAAAAAUUUACACAAUCUACAACAGAACAGAGCUACAACUGUGUAAGUCGUACAAUGUGAUGGAUUAAAAAAAACUAUGUCAGUCGGGCCAAUUGAUGGAUUCAAAAACUGUGUCAGUCAGACAAAGUGAUGGAUCAACGAAUUUUGUCAGUCUGACAAAAUGAUAGACCAACGAACUGUGUCAGUCAGAAAAAGUGAUAGUUGUCAGUCGCGCAAAGGGAUCCAUCAACGAACUGUGUCGGUCAGACAAAGUAAUGGAUCAACGAACUGUGUCAGUCGGGCAACGUGAUGGAUCAACAUGCUAGACCUAAUCAGAUCAUUAAAAGAAGUCAGUACGAACCAACGGUAGCCUAGUGGGUUGAAUGCAAACGUCUUCCUGCUCUGCCCGGGAUGUUAUCCGGUUAUGGGCUAAAAUCACAAGGGAGUUUUCUUUCCUUUGGGAGUAGUUCAACCAGUGGCGUAUCUAGGGUUGGUGUCACCCGCAGUGGUCCGCACCCCCACCGCCCCCCCCCCCUUAGCUAAGCCGCUGAAUUCAAACACGAAGUUGAAAGGCAGCAUGCUACUUAUCGGGGCGGGGAGGGGGGUUAAUUCGUCUUUUGAAACAAAACUGAUUUAGUUCCGAACCAGCUAAACAACAUCAGCCGGAAUAAGUUAGGACAGCCUAGACAAUGAUUAUAAACUUGUUACAUAGGGCAGCCAAGACAAUGAUUAUAAACUUGUUACAUAGGACAGCCAAGACAAUGAUUAUAAACUUGUUACAUAGGACAGCCAAGACAAUGAUUAUAAACUUUUUACAUAGGACAGCCAAGACAAUGAUCAUAAACUUUUUAGCGAAGGACAGCCAAGACAAUGAUUAUAAACUUUUUACAUAGGACAGCCAAGACAAUGAUUAUAAACUUGUUACAUAGGACAGCCAAGACAAUGAUUAUAAACUUUUUACAUAGGAAAGCCAAGACAUGAUUAUAAACUUUUUAGCAAAGGACAGCCAAGACAAUGAUUAUAAAAUUGUUACAUAGGACAGACAAGACAUGAUUAUAACUUUUUAGCAAAGGACAGCCAAGACAAUGAUUAUAAACUUGUUACAUAGGACAGCCAAGACAAUGAUUAUAAACUUGUUACAUAGGACAGCCAAGACAAUGAUUAUAAACUUUUUACAUAGGACAGCCAAGACAUGAUUAUAAACUUUUUAGCAAAGGACAGCCAAGACAAUGAUUAUAAACUUUUUACAUAGGACAGCCAAGACAAUGAUUAUAAACUUGUUACAUAAGACAGCCAAGACACUCAUAAUAAACAAGUGACAGUUUAGAUCAAAUGAAAUAAUUAAAUGGUCACCAAACACGAAGUUAAUGGAGAUAAAUCAAGACAUAUUUAAUUUAUAAGUUAAUAACAUUUUUUUUCAAAAUAAUUCUCUGUUUAAAAAUUGCGCUUAUAAAUUAUUUUUAAACAGAGACUUAUUUUGAAAAAAAAUGUUAUUAACUGCUUAACUGGACAAAAAAUAAUAGUCAUUUAUGCUGGAUACUUAAAAUGAAAAUUGUAUUUCCUUGUGAUCUGAUUUUUUCCCUCAGUUCAAGAAGAAAACGAGUCAAAAGCUGAAGAGAAUGAGAACGUAUCUACUGAUCUAAAAGAGGAUGUCCAUAAUGAAAUAAUGGAUCUAAAAGAGGAUGUCCAUAAUGAAAUAAUGGAUCUAAAGGAACACACCCAGAAUGUUGUCCAUGAAAACUUAGAUAAACUGAGCCAUAAAAUACAAGAUGCUUCAGUCGAAAACUACAAUUUCCUAAUGGAACAACUCAAUCUGUCAACUUCAACAAUUUUAGAAAGUUUGAGUAAAAACCAACCAGCAGGAG